AUGGCCAACGAUAAGGACAUGAAAGACUGUGUCCAGAGAUACAAGCGACUGGUAUCCGAAACACUGGAUAACCUAAUCAUCCUCAUGCUCGCCAUUGGUUCGCGUCAUGGCUGUCUUGCGAAGUCAAGAGGAUGGCUGCUGGGCUUCGUCAGCAACGACGAGGCUAGAUCGAGACAGCGCCUGGUCGAUAUACUCACCCACCCCUCAGCUGUACCACUCUACCUCCAGUAUCGUUUAGAGGUCGCCCAGUACAGACCCAAGAAAGAUUGCCAAUAA